AUGAAGAUGGUUUCAACUAUGAGACUAGCAAGGAUAGCCAAGAUACUCGGUGCUCAUAAGCAGUUUCGUCACCAGAGGUUGAUCGGAAAUUCUCAUGAGCAUCACCAGGGUAUCAUCACGCCGGUUGGGUUUCUGCCGGUAUAUGUGGGAGAAGAGAAGGAGAGGUUUGUGAUUCCUACUGCCUUCUUGGCACAUCCAUUGUUCAAGAUGUUGUUAGAGAAGGCUUACAUGGAGUAUGGAUUUGAUCAGACAAGUGGAUUAUCUCUUCCUUGCACUGUCUCAAUUUUCCAACAGGUUGUUUCUGCAGUUAAGUGUCACCAUGGGCAGUUUGAUCUUGAAAAUUUGGUGCAGGAAUUAGAGAAUUGA